UCUCGCUCGUCUCUCCAAACACAAACCCACCACCUCCUCCUCCUCCUCCCAUCCAGCACGCGCCUCCUCUCUCGCGCGGCUUUCCAUUUCCAUCUCCCCCUCCUCCUCCUACGUCUCCGCCGCUCCUCACUUCCUCCACUCGAUUUCCUUUCUUGGCCUCUCCUCCUCUGACACAGGGGUGUGCAGGUUUGUGUUUGUGCGUGGCGCGUCCGCCAUGGCUCGCGGCAGCGGGGCCGGAGGAGGCGGCGGCGGUGGUGGCGGGGGGCUGGAGCUGUCGGUCGGGGUCGGCGGCGGCGGCGGCGCGCGUGGUGGGGGAGGCGGUGAGGCGGCGGCGGCGGUGGAGACGGCGGCGCCGAUCAGCCUCGGGAGGCUCAUCCUCUCCGGGAUGGUCGCCGGCGGCGUGCAGUACGGGUGGGCGCUCCAGCUCUCCCUCCUCACCCCCUACGUCCAGACACUCGGACUGUCGCAUGCUCUUACUUCAUUCAUGUGGCUCUGUGGUCCUAUUGCUGGCAUGGUGGUUCAACCAUGCGUGGGUCUAUACAGUGAUAGGUGCACCUCAAAAUGGGGAAGACGAAGGCCAUAUAUUCUUACAGGAUGUGUGUUGAUAUGCUUGGCUGUCGUAGUUAUUGGAUUUUCAGCUGACAUUGGAUACGCCAUGGGUGAUACAAAGGAAGACUGCAGUGUCUACCAUGGAUCACGGUGGCAUGCUGCUAUUGUAUAUGUCCUGGGAUUCUGGCUUCUUGAUUUUUCCAACAACACUGUGCAGGGUCCAGCACGUGCUCUAAUGGCUGAUUUAUCAGGACGUCAUGGACCUGGCACAGCUAACUCCAUCUUCUGUUCUUGGAUGGCAAUGGGAAACAUCCUAGGAUACUCCUCUGGUUCCACAAACAAUUGGCACAAGUGGUUUCCAUUCCUUAAAACAAGAGCUUGCUGUGAAGCUUGUGCAAAUUUGAAAGGUGCAUUUCUGGUGGCUGUGAUUUUCCUGUCCCUGUGCUUGGUUAUAACUCUGAUAUUUGCCAAGGAAGUUCCAUUCAAAGGAAAUGCAGCCCUCCCAACAAAAUCAAACGAGCCAGCUGAGCCUGAAGGCACUGGUCCACUAGCAGUGUUGAAAGGCUUCAGGAACUUACCUACUGGGAUGCCUUCUGUGCUUAUUGUGACUGGCCUUACCUGGUUGUCUUGGUUCCCAUUCAUCCUCUACGACACUGACUGGAUGGGCCGUGAGAUCUACCACGGUGACCCAAAGGGAACUGAUCCUCAGAUCGAGGCUUUCAACCAGGGUGUCAGGGCAGGUGCAUUUGGCCUGCUACUGAAUUCGAUUGUGCUAGGAUUCAGCUCAUUCUUGAUUGAACCAAUGUGCCGGAAAGUCGGGCCAAGGGUGGUGUGGGUGACGAGCAAUUUCCUCGUCUGCAUCGCCAUGGCUGCAACUGCACUGAUCAGCUUCUGGUCACUCAAGGACUUCCAUGGAACUGUUCAGAAAGCCAUCACUGCAGACAAGAGCAUCAAGGCUGUCUGCCUCGUCCUCUUUGCGUUUCUUGGAGUCCCUCUCGCCGUUCUGUACAGUGUUCCCUUCGCAGUGACGGCGCAAUUAGCGGCCACUAGAGGGGGUGGCCAAGGUAUGAAUCCCAACAUUCUUGCAGCUUUUCUUGACAUAAUUCGGUGUUGUUUGGAUGCUGGUCUAAUCCAUGGCGAUCUGCAGGGCUCUGCACCGGCGUCCUCAACAUCUCCAUCGUCAUCCCUCAGGUGGUCAUCGCGCUGGGAGCCGGGCCGUGGGACGAGCUGUUCGGGAAGGGGAACAUCCCGGCGUUCGGCCUCGCCUCGGGAUUCGCGCUCAUCGGCGGCGUCGCCGGAAUAUUCCUGCUGCCCAAGAUCUCCAAGCGCCAGUUCCGGUCGGUCAGCAUGGGCGGCGGUCACUGACCGCCCCGCUCUCGCCGCCGGCUGCGGCGGCGGCGGCGGCCGGAGCAGCGCCGCCGGAAGUGGUGAGCUUUGUAGUUCUCGUUUGCAAUGGAUCAAAGGAGCCCCCUCUUUUUUUUUACAUAGGGUAAUUAAUUAAUUAAGGCUGUUAAUUAGGAAGGGGUGAGGUGGCCCUGCAGCUGGGGCCCACGCUUUGUUGCCACCUCGGUAGAAGAGAAUAAGCAGAUCAUGCAGAUAAUAUGGAACUGUAAAACUGUUUUGUGUUGUGUGUGUGUGCAGUGUGCUUGGUAAUUAGUGUGUAAUGAAUGGUCAGGAGAAGUGCAGUGAACUAAGUGAAAGUGAGCUUCCAUCAUCA